CUCUGAAAAAAAAAACUUAAUUAAUUACCAAAACAUAUAAGCAAAAUAUACAUAAUUCAAACAUCAAAGGUCUUAAACGGCAUUGUAGAUGAGCAAAUUGAGGAAUUUGAAUAGAGAAUUCAUUUCUAAUUUGAAAACUCAUGAAUUGAUAACGGAAGCCAAAAGGAAUUUGAUCCUUUCCAUCUUGAAAUCAACCACCACAAAUAGAGAAGCCAGGAAUUAUUUAAACAAAUAUCAGAAUCAAUUUGAAUUUGAUUUAUCAUUCAAGAAUGCUUUGAAGGCUAAGGAUGAUGAAGGUAAUUCAUUGAACAAACGUGAUAACCAGAGAGAAUUGUUCAUACAGAGAUACUUGAAUUACCAGAAUCCAUUUUUGAAUAUCUAUGCCGAUAAUGAAAAGAUAAAGAAAAUCCCAUUACGUUUGGCGUUAAUCAAGAUUAAAUUCCCUGCUAUUACUCUGGAAGAAUGGAAAGGUAUAUCAGAAACUUUAAAGAGAUUGGUUAACUUGGGAAUUUCUCCUGUGAUUUUAUUAGAUUAUGAUCAUCUAUCGGAUGGAACGUUUAAGUAUAAUGAAUUAUAUAUGAUUAAUCAAGUGAAUAAAGUUAUGAAUCAUUUAGGGAAACCAGAUGAUGAGAAUGGACUUAAGACAACUGGUUUGAGAUCUUUGUUUUCCAGAAAAGAUGAAAAUACUCCACCAACUAUAAACAGUUUAGAACUGAUAUUGAUUCCAUUAUAUCAAGGUAUAAUUCCUAUCAUACAACCAGUAGUGUAUAACACGACCUCAUCAUUUCAAGAGUUUAUAAGUACUAAUGAUUUAAUGUAUGGACUAACAUCCUCAUUAUUACAAGAUACUUCUAAUUUACUUUCCAUUGAAAAAAUAAUUAACAUUGAUCCUAUUGGUGGAAUUCCAUCCAUAGAAAGAAACCAAACUAGUCAUGUGUUUAUUAAUCUUUCACAAGAAUAUUCUGAUAUUGUUUCGGAAUUAUACAUUGGUUACAUACCUCCUACAGUACGUGAUUUGCAUGUUAGUAAUUUAGCAAGUAUGAAUAAAAUCUUACAAUUAGCAUAUUCCAAGACUGGUACGGAUGAUACUACGGGUAUAAUUACAACUCCAAAGGUUAUGUCAAUCAAUGAUGAUCAAUUAAAUCCAAUUAUCUAUAACAUCUUAACUGAUAGACCAAUAAUUUCAUCUUCAUUACCAAGUUCAAAUACAAGAACACCUCAAUUAUCAACUUCCAUUGUGAAAAAGGGAAUUGAUGUUAAGAUAUAUGAUGAGGCUACUUUUCCAGGAACAUUCACCUUACAAAAUCUUAUAGAUCAAAAACUUGUAGAUAAAGAGAAAUUAGUACGGUUAAUUAAUGAUUCGUUUGGCAAAAGUUUAGGGGUUGACAAAUACUUUGAACGAGUUAAUAAUAAUUUGGCAACAUUGGUAAUAAUUGGAGAUUAUGAUGGAGCUGCAAUAAUAACAUGGGAAUAUAGUAAUCAUCAGAAAGUUGCAUAUUUAGAUAAGUUUGCUAUUGCAAGAAGAAAUCAAGGAUUACCUGGUAUGGCUGAUAUUAUCUUUAAAAUCAUCUUACAAUCACAUCCAUUUGAGUUGAUAUGGAGAUCACGUAAGAAUAAUCCUGUCAAUAAGUGGUAUUUUGAAAGAUGUAUUGGUUCGAUGAGUACACCUGAAUCACAAUGGAAGAUAUUUUAUACUGGAGAGUUAUUUAAUAAGAAAAUUGAUAAAACCAAGAAGAAAAUCAUUCCUGAUGGUACAGUUGGUAUCAGAAGAAAACUAACUCAAUAUUCAGAUAUUUGUGAAAGUAUCCCCCCAUCAUUCCCAUAGCAUUAGACUAGUCUUUUAAUACAAUAUAUAUUUAUCCUAUAAUGUAAAAAUUUCCCGAUUAAGCAAUUAAAAGUAACACACCGCAAUUUUUGCAGACAGUUCAAAAAAAAAUCUCAUGAAG